CGCAAUUUGAAAGGUCACGCGAUCUCAGAAAUGCAACCGAACGAGGCGGCGGCGCUCAUUCCGCUGGACGUGUUGUACAGCGCGUGCUUUGGUUAUGUGAACGUGAAGGAGCGGUGGCAAAGCCUCGCGCUGGUGUCGCGAGCAUGGCGGGUGGCUGCUCUGGCGUCAGUGAAGGCGCUGCGUCACUUGGAUUUGACUUGGUGUCGUGGGGAAGACCAGCUCGAACAUGCGGUUCGCAUGCUGUUGAUGCCGUUGGCAGAUGAUGGCCACAAGACCCUAUGGACUGCGUUUACUCGCGUCCAAUUAACGUCUAUUCGUCUGUAUGGACCUCGCGUGACCAAGGCAACCCUGUCGGGACUGCUCUGUGGCGUAGACCCCCUUCAGUUCCACUGCAUCGUCCUCGAGAGCAAGCAGGCCGACGCUCCAGAGUUCCUCCUUCUCACGCAAUGCCGCCGUCUCCGCACGCUGCAUUUGAACUGCAUCAAACUGACUGACAACGACCUGGUCCAGGUUGCGAUGGCGUGCCCUGAUUUGGAGGACGUCGGUGUUGCCGGGUGCUCUCGCAUUGGCGACCAAAGCCUUGUGGCCAUCGCGAUGCACUGCCCUAAGCUACAAGUGCUCGAUGUGUCCAUGUGCAUUCGAAUCACCGACCACGGGGUGCAUGCGCUGGCAUUGCACCCUCCCACAUUCACGUCCAUUUCAAUCAACAAGUGUCUCAAGGUAUCGGACGCUUCGGUGGCCCAUCUUUUGCACAAGCAGCACAAUUUGACACACUUGUCAGUGGCCAACUGCCCGAGACUGCACCAUGCCCUGCUCGUCGCGCCUCCACAAGGCGUUCCAUCGCGCUUGGUUCACGCCAACUUGAUGGGCUGUGCCGCCAUCGACGACACGCCGCUGCCUAGUGAAACAAUGGGCAGCUUCAGUAGAUUCCUGCACCAACACAGCAAAACACUCACGCAUCUCGACCUGACCGGACUGAUCCAUUUGCCGUCAACGUCGCUCCAACGGCUUGCAAUGUGCGACCAACUCGUGUCACUCAACCUGUCCAUGUGCCGCACCGUGUCGGAUGCGGAUGUUGCCGUCCUUGCUGCCGGGUGUCCUCGCCUGGAGGAUUUGUCCGUCCAAGGAUGUGUUCACCUUACAGACGCGGCGCUGGUGGCCCUGGCGUCGCACUGCCACGACCUGCAGCGACUCUCGCUCGUGUUUUGCUACAACAUCACCGAUCACGGAUUCUGUGCCCUUGUCAAGCGCUGCCUCAAGCUGACCCAUCUAAACGUGAAAGCGUGCAACUCGCUCCACGAAGUGUCGUUUGCGACCCUGGCAGGACGACCAAGUCCCGUGGCGCUGGCGAAUCUCGUCAUUGGGGCAUGCGCCAACUUGGCGACCACGGCCAAGUACGCAAGUAUGAUCAAGCAGGCAUAUCCCCGCUGUAUUGUCAUGUGGACUUAAUGAGAUUCGAUGGG